AUGGCCGCUCAGGUCGCCAGCGCCGCCACUCUUAACACUAGUCCGCCUUCCGAACUAAAAAAGCCGGAUCGAGACCCAAAGGACGAGUCGGGAGAGAAGCAGUCCGACAAAAAGCAGCCGGGCUUGGACAGCGGAUCGCCGGGCCGGGGGGAUCUGCAGGACGGGGCCGACGGUGGAAAUGCAGGGGGAGGAGGGGAACCUGAGAUGAAGAACGGGAAUGGGAACCCGCCCAGGGCUAACAAUAAUACCCAGAAUGACUCUGUCGGACCGGAGGGAAAUAACCACCCCGGUUUGGUGCAUCACCACGGCCCUGCUUUUCCUCCACCUUCGUACGGAUACACUCAGCACUACGGUCGGGCCCCUUUUCAUCAACAUGGCGGACAACAAAGCCCUGGCAUGGCAGCUGCUGCGGGUCCGGUCGUGCAGUCGAGCAACAUGAUGGACCCGUAUCAACCCAAUUCGCACGACCAUGGCUUUUCCAACCACCAGUUUAACAACUACAACCCAUUCCCGAACAGGACUCCUUAUCCCGGCCAGGCGUACGCCAUGAACUCCCCUCGCAGCGCUCAGGCGCCGACAGCUGGGGGGCAGCCAGCUAAGCAGCAGCCACCAGCGGGAGGACCCACGGCGAUGGCUGGAUCUUACAGUAACCAGAGAUAUAACAUUGGGAACCCUCAGCCCACGUCCACGCCGACACUGAACAAGCUCCUCACGUCCCCGAGCUCAACGCGGGGGUAUCCAAACUACCCGUCUAGCGACUACAGUAGCCAAGAAGGAGCUAGUAAGGGACCAGCAGACAUGGGCAGUAGCGGUCAGUAUGGAGGGAGCAACCCGGGCUGGCAACAAAGAGGCCAUCCACUGUCGCCCAUGAGCCCGGGAAGUGCCGGGCAGCCGCUAGUUAGAAACCAGCCGCCUGGUCCCAUGGAUCCAAUGAGCAAAAUGAGGGGUCAGCCGUACGGAGCAGGCGGUCCAUACGGCCAGCAGUCACAGCAAGGACCUCCAACAGGUCCGCAACCAGGACCUGGUUACCCUGGCCAGGGUUACGGCCCACCAGGUCCCCAAAGAUACCCAGUGGGAAUGCAAGGCCGCACCCCUGGAGGCAUGGGUGGCAUGCCGUAUGGUCCACAGAUGGGAUCUUAUGGGCAGCAGGGACCAGGAGGCUAUAGUUCUCAGGGCCAGGCUCCCUAUUACGGCCAGCCGAGCCAAGGCCCACAUCCAGGCCAGCAGCAAACGCCGUACUCCCAGACCCAGCCCGGACAACCCGGCAGCCAGACACCUUACCCGGGGCAGCCGCACCCUCCGCCAAGUUCUGCUCAACACACCCAGGGAGGACCACCCUAUCAGCAGCCCCACAUGCCCCCACAGUCCCAGGGGCCACUGCCAGGCUCUUCUCAAGGGCCCCCACAGUCUCAGCCACCUUAUUCGCAAGCUUCAGCCCCACAGUCUGGCCAGUCGCCCUACGCCCAGCAGCAGGGUCCUCCCAGUCAGGGCCCACAGCAGCCAAGCUCCCAGGCUGCCCCUGGAUCACAGGGCCAAUCCAACUACCCAGGACCCGCACAGGGACCCCAGCAGCCCCCCUCACAGCAACAGCAGUCGCAGUCUCAUCCUCAGCAGCAACCGGGGCAUAGCCAACACCCACAGGGGCAGCCUGCAGCUUACUCACAGAACCAGCAGCAGCAGCAGCAGCAGCAAGCACAACAGUCACCUUAUCAGCGCUUUCCUCCUCCACCGCAGCAGGAGGUGUCCCAGGACUCAUUUCAGUCCAAUGCCCCUCCGUCCACUCAGCCUAAAUCUGGGCCAGAGGAUGGACAAGGCCGUCCUUCCAGCCUUCCGGACCUGUCGGGGUCCAUUGAUGACCUGCCCACAGGGGCGGAGGGAGCCCUCAGUCCUGGCGUGAGCACGUCGGGUGUGUCCAGCAGCCAGGGCGAGCAGAGUAACCCGGCUCAGUCGCCCUUCUCCCCUCACACAUCCCCUCACCUGCCAGGCAUCCGAGGGCCUUCACCUUCCCCAGCUGGCUCCCCGGCCAGCGCCAGCACGCCGCGCACAGGACCGCUGUCGCCUGCCAACAUGCCAGGGACCCAGAUGCCUCCACGGCCUUCAAGUGUGCAGUCAGAUGGGAGCCACCACCCUGCAAUGAGCCAGUCUCCGAUGGCCCAGGACCGAGGGUUUAUGCAGCGAAACCCUCAGAUGCCUCCUUAUGGCUCCCCGCAGUCAUCCUCUGCACUGUCUCCUCGCCAGUCCUCUGGGGGACAGAUGCAUCCUGGGAUGGCCCCAUAUCAGCAGAACAACUCCAUGGGUGGCUAUGGGCAGCAGGGAGGACAAUAUGGCCCCCAAGGCUAUCCUCGGCAGCCUGGCUAUGGCAACAUGCCCAAUGCUAACUACCCCGGGCAAGGCAUGGGCUCAAUGAACCCCAUGGCAGGACAGGGCGGAGGGCCGCCGUAUGCUGGCAUCCCUCCAGGAAGGAUGCCUCCUAACCAGAUGGGGGCACGUCCCUACGGCCCCAACAUGGGUCCCAACAUGGGUCCCAAUAUGGGCCCCAACAUGGGUCCAAACAUGCCCCCCAACAUGCCUCCCAACAUGGGCAACAUGCCCCCCCAGGUGGGCUCGGGAAUGUGUCCUCCUCCAGGGAUGAACAGGAAGCCACAGGACCCCACAGCCAUGCAACACCCUGCCACCAACUCCAUGCACAACAGAAUGCCUGGUUACCCCAACAUGUCUCCGGGAAUGAUGGGCUCCGGCCCACCGUACGGGCCUCCAAUGAACAACAUGCCUGGAAUGAUGAACACUCCUGGUGGAUCUCCGUAUCCCAUGGGGCCCAAUAUGGCCAAUAACACAAGUGGUAUGGCUGCUAGCCCAGAGAUGAACAAUAAGAUGAACAACAAAGUAGACGGCAGCGGAACGCCCAAGCCUGAGACUAAAUCUAAGAAGUCCAACUCUUCUACCACCACCAGUGAAAAGAUAACUCGAUUGUAUGAGUUGGGGCCCGAGCCCGACAGAAAGAUGUGGGUGGAUCGUUAUUUGACUUUCAUCGAAGAGAAGGCGAUGGGAAUGACGAACCUGCCUGCUGUAGGACGCAAGCCUCUUGACCUCUUCCGGCUGUAUAUGUCGGUUAAAGAGAUCGGCGGGAUGACACAGGUGAAUAAGAACAAGAAAUGGCGUGACCUGGCCUCUUCACUGAACGUGGGCACCUCCAGCAGUGCUGCCAGUUCGUUGAAAAAACAGUACAUCCAGUGUCUGUAUGCUUUUGAGUGCAAAAUUGAGCGUGGCGAAGACCCUCCACCUGAGAUUUUUACAGACAACAAAAAGAACCAAGCUGCGAAGGUUCAGCCGCCCUCUCCAGCGUCUCUGUGCUCUACGGCUGGUUCAGGCUCCCUGCAGGGUCCUCAGACGCCCCAGUCAACCAGCAGCUCCAUGGCGGAGGGAGGAGACCUAAAACCUCCCACCCCUGCCUCCACUCCUCAUACCCAAAUGCCACCCAUGCCUCCUGGGUCCAGGAGCAGCGUUAACCUGCAGGACCCCUUCUCUGAAGGAAGUGACCCCGCUUUCCCCAGGAAGAACAUGACACCCAACUCCACCUAUCAGCCUGGCAUGAACACACCAGAUAUGCAAGGUCGGAUGGGCCCUUACGAACCCAACAAGGACCCGUUCGGUAACAUGCGGAAAGUCGGGGAGCAGUUUCUACCUGCUAACCAGGGCCCGAACAGCGGGGUGGGUGACCAACAACCACAACCGCAGCAGCAGCAGCAGCAACAGCAGCAACAACAACAGCAGCAGCAGCAGCAGCAACAACAGCAACAGCAGCAGCAGCAGCAGCAACAGCAGCCACCGUUCAACAGAGGACCACCUGGGGCCAUGGGCACCAUGCCGAUGGGACCCCGACAGCAGUAUCCCUACGGACCAGGCUACGACAGGAGAUCGGAGCAAGGAAUGGGCCCAGAGGGCAACAUGGGAUCUGGUGCUCCUCAGCCAAACCCGAUGAUGCCUGCCAACGCCGACACGGGGAUGUAUUCGCCAAAUCGCUUCCCACCACAGCAGCCACGGCAUGAUUCCUAUGGUAAUCAGUAUCCUGGACAGGGAACGCCCCCUACUGGCUCCUACCCAAAUCAGCAGCCUGGAAUGUACCCGCAACAACAGAGUUACAAACGUCCAGGAGAAGGGGCUUACCCUCCGUCAAAACGUCAUGAGCCAGAGUACAGUGGCCCUUUCCCUGGUGGACAACAAGCACCACAGCAACAGCAGCAAGGAGGCACCUCUGCACCCUCUUCAGGACAGCAGGAGUCGUACAAUCAGUACAGCAGCACCGGGCCCUACCCUGGCUCUGAUCGCCGUCCUCCUGGACCCGGCAAUCAGUUUCCAUUUCCAUUCGGCCGUGAGCGGAUGCAGGGAGCGACGGGGCCCAACGCUCAGCCCAACAUGCCUCCUCAGAUGAUGCCGUCGGGCCCUGAAGGUCCUCAGGGAGGCAUGUGGCAGGGCCCUCGAGACAUCAACUAUCAGAACUACCCUGGCCGACAGGGUGGCCCAGGGGGCCCUCCCCAGGGACCCGGCUACCCCGGCAUGAACCGCUCGGAGGAGAUGAUGUCGUCGGAGCAGCGCAUGAAUCACGAUGGGCAGUGGGGGGGUCAGAUGGGCCCUCGGCAGCCGCCCUACGGUCCAGCGGGGCCUGGCCAACCCAUGCCUCGUUCAGUACAGUCCAACUACCAACCCCCCCAGGGUGUGCAGAACCACAUUCCACAGGUGUCCAGCCCAGCCUCCAUGCCUCGCCCCUUGGAGAGCAGGACAUCGCCCAGCAAAUCUCCCUACAUGCACGGAGUAAUGAAGAUGCAGAAGGCUGGCCCCCCAGUGCCUGCAUCUCACAUAGUGCCCCCUCCUGUGCAGUCGCCCCUAAUAAGGCGAGACAUGCCUUUUCCCCCAGGCUCUGUAGAAGCUUCCCAUCCUGUCCUGAAACCACGUCGGAGACUCACCGUGAAAGAUAUCGGAACCCCAGAAGCGUGGAGAGUCAUGAUGUCAUUAAAGUCUGGUUUAUUGGCUGAAAGCACAUGGGCCUUAGAUACCAUCAAUAUUCUCCUGUAUGACGACAGCAGUAUUUCCACCUUCGAUCUCAACACGUUACCUGGCCUACUAGAGUUGGUAGUUGAGUAUUUCAGACGUUGCCUCAUUGAAAUCUUUGGCAUUCUGCGGGAGUAUGAAGUUGGAGACCCUGGCCAGAGGACACUACUGGAUCCUGAUGCCUUGAAACGGGACUGGAAUGGCACAGAAGAAGAGGAGCCGCGAGUUCACGAUAUGGAACAAGAAGAAGAGGACGACGAAGAGGAGGAGGAUCGGGAAACGGAGAGCGCAGCUCAUGUGAAAGAGGAGGUGGCUCAAGAACAGUGCUCUCGGGGUAGGGAUGAGAAGACCGAAGACGAGGAGAAGAAGAGCAAGAGUUCCUCGUGUGAAAAGACAGGCUUGUUAUCCGUAGCUGCCCAUGAGAGACCCAAGCAGGCCAGCAAGUUUGAUAAAUUUCCUGUCAAGGUGGUACGAAAGAAAGACCCUUUUGUGGCUGCGCAGUCAAAUAAUCACGGCAAAAUGCAAGAGUUUGAUAGUGGGUUGCUCCAUUGGAGCGCUGGAGGCGGAGACUCCACAGAACACAUCCAGACCCACUUUGAACCUCGUAAAGACUUCUUGGAGCCACGAGAACGAAUACCAGUGCCCCCCAUUUUACUGAAGAGACGGAUCCCAGAAGAAGAUAUCCUGGAGAACUGCCUGCCCCCCGAGGAAGAAAACGGAAAGCAUCAAGAGGAAGACGGAAGGCCAAAGGAAACAUCUUCCUCAGAGAAAUCUGCCGUCUCAGAGAAGGAGAAGGUCGUCUCCCUGGCUAACGGUGAAGAUGAGAGGAGAACAGAGUCGGAGACGAAGGCUGUGGAGAAAGGAUCUAAAAGUCACCAGGAGAACAACAGACCCGUUCCUCCCUGUGGCAGCGCUCUGACCCAGCAGGCAAAGCAGACGUCCACCAUCCUGGAGGAUGAGCCUCACAGUAAAGACGAGGGUCCGCUCAUCACGCUGGCUCACUGGCAGGAUUCUUUAGCUCGGCGCUGCGUCUGCAUUUCCAAUAUUGUCCGCAGCCUCUCGUUUGUGCCCGGCAACGACCACGAGAUGUCCAAACAUCCGGGACUGCUGCUGCUGCUGGGGCGUCUGAUUCUUCUCCACCACCGACACCCCGAACGCAAACAGGCGCCGCUCACCUACGAGAAGGAUGAAGAUUCGGAUGAGGGGGUGGGCCAAAGGGACGAGUGGUGGUGGGACUGCUUGGAGCUCCUAAGGGAGAACACAUUGGUGACUUUGGCAAACAUUUCAGGCCAACUGGACCUCUCCAUUUACCCCGAGAGCAUCUGCUUGCCUCUGCUGGAUGGUCUUCUCCACUGGGCUGUCUGUCCCUCUGCAGAAGCCCAGGACCCCUUCCCCACCCUGGGCCCCCACAGUGCUUUGUCGCCACAGAGACUGGUCUUGGAGACACUAAGCAAACUGAGCAUCCAAGACAACAAUGUGGACCUCAUCCUGGCCACUCCACCUUUCAGUCGGUUGGAGAAGCUGUACGGUAACCUGGUGCGGCUGAUUGGAGACAGGAAGGUGGCAGUCUGCAGGGAGAUGGCCGUGGUCUUGUUGGCUAAUCUGGCCCAGGGCGAUAAUAUGGCAGCCCGAGCAAUUGCUGUUCAGAAAGGCAGCGUGGGCAACUUGCUGGGCUUCCUGGAGGACAGUCUGGCUGCCACACAGCUCCAGCAGAGCCAGAGCUCUCUACUACACCUGCAGGGGAUGCACUUCGAGCCCACAAGCCCGGACAUGAUGCGGCGAGCUGCCCGGGCGCUGCACGCCUUAGCUAAAGUGGAGGAGAACCACUCAGAGUUCACACUACACGAGUCACGACUCCUCGACCUUUCAGUGUCUCCCCUUAUGAACUCACUGGUUUCUCAUGUUAUCUGUGAUGUACUCUUUUUGAUUGGCCAGUCGUGACAGCUGUAGGGAGCCGUGGCUCCUCGUCUUGGGGUUUCGUAUCCCCAGUCCCCUCCUCCUCCCUGGUAUCCUGGCUUGUUGUGUGUAACAGGGCAAGGAAAGUUCAAGUGACUGUCUUUUAAUUUAUGAAAAUCCUUCAGAUUCCAUUCUCUGAGCCCUCCCCAGGCCAGCCAGUCCCGAGGAGGGUAAUCACAGAGCUGUGGUGGAUUACAAACCAGAGAGAUGCCGACAAAGUGACACUACUUGCAACACGAAUGCCAACUGGAUGACACAGAGCAGAGCACCACAGUUGGGAGACUGUUCUGCACUUGGGGGGAAAAGUACUUUUUAAAUAAAGAUAAAUAAAUGAAUAAAUAAAUAGCUGAAAAACAAAAACUGUAACCAAAGUUGCUGUCACGUUUACAGUGAGUUUGGGAGACACAGUGUGCCCUAGCUCUCCCCUCGAGGGCACAAUGAGUCUGUAACUGGUUGACGUUCAGAGGUGAAGCAGACUGACAAGUGGCCUACUGGUUCUAGUUGCUGUAGUUGGAUUCUCACCAGUCAGCCCGACAGUAGACGGAAUACUGUCAAUAGACACCUUCACCGGGGAGGCCUGUGCAGUGUGCAGUAGAUUGUAGGACAUUUUCUGUACCGUACUGCUCUUGAGUGUAAGCAUUCUGUAACACGUUUCACACAGAAGCUGAUGAUGCAGCUCCUCUAGAGUUUUGAGGUCAUUUUAGUUUGGUGUUCAACAGAAAAUGGCUUUCUUCCCCAAAGUAUCAAGAACCUACAACACCCUUACCUCCUCUUAUCCCUUGAUUGUAUGGAUACCCUAAUGAAAAAGAAAUCACCUCUUAGGACUGAUUUUCAACUUCAAAUACAGCUUUGCUGUGGUGUAUAUAUAAUGUUGUACAUUAUACUUCCUUUCUCUGUGUCUGUCUCUGUCUGUGUCACUAUUCUCACACUUGUUAUUGGUGAGGGGCGGGGGCUGACUCGAGUUUGGCCCGCGGCCUCCGGUCUCCACCGAUUAGACCCACUCCUCUGGUCUCUCCACGGCUCAGUAGUAUGGCAGACACGGCUCAAACCUGUUAUCUCCUGGUACAAUGAAAUUAAACUAGAUGAAGUACACAUUUGACAAAAUUUUCUCCAGUCAUGAAUUCUGCAUAUUUGUAUUUCAGACUAUGUAGCUACGACAACAUGUAAAUUCCCCCUUCCCUUUUUUGGCUCAAUGAAUAUCAUUUAUUCAGUAUGAAAUCUUUAUACUAUAUGUUCCACGUGGUAAGAAUAAAUGUACAUUAAAUCUU